CUGCAGUGCGGGGGGGGCGGUGCCUGUUGCCAGGGAAGUGGAUUGUGCGGCCUGUUGACCGUUGCUAGGGAAGUGGUGGUCCGGCGGUCGGUCGGCAUCCGGCGGUGCUGGGACAGAGGGACGGGGGAUGGCAGGGUGGUAAAUGGAUAACCAGAGACGAGUCCAAGAGGGUGCCAAAUUGGCCGCACCAAAGAUGUCGAAGCCCAAGAGCUCGGAGACUGUGAGGGUGGUGGUGCGGUGCCGGCCUAUGAACAGCAAGGAAACUGCGGCCGGUUUUGACAAAGUGAUUAACGUGGACGUGAAGCUUGGGCAAGUAUCGGUCAAGAUUCAGAAAGGGUCCGGUAAUGAGUUGCCAAAAACAUUCACGUUUGACGCGGUUUACGACUCUAACUCUAAGCAAGUGGAGCUUUAUGACGAAACUUUCAGGCCGUUGGUAGAUUCUGUUUUGCUAGGCUUUAAUGGAACCAUCUUUGCCUACGGCCAGACAGGAACUGGGAAGACUUUCACGAUGGAAGGACUACGAGGCGAUCCUGAAAAGAGAGGUGUAAUACCAAAUUCUUUUGAACACGUCUUCACCCACAUAUCCCGUUCCCAGAAUCAACAGUAUUUGGUAAGGGCUUCAUAUUUAGAAAUCUACCAAGAAGAGAUCAGAGACCUUCUUUCCAAAGAUCAGUCGAAACGUCUAGAACUUAAAGAAAGACCGGACACCGGUGUCUACGUCAAGGACCUGUCCUCUUUUGUCACCAAAAGUGUGAAGGAAAUAGAACAUGUCAUGAAUGUUGGCAACCAGAACCGCUCCGUAGGUUCCACCAACAUGAAUGAACACAGCUCCCGCUCCCAUGCCAUCUUUAUGAUCACCAUUGAGUGCAGCGAGAUCGGUUUGGAUGGCGAGAAUCACAUCCGAGUAGGGAAACUCAAUCUGGUGGACUUGGCUGGCAGUGAACGUCAAGCAAAAACUGGAGCCCAAGGCGAACGGCUAAAAGAGGCUACAAAAAUAAAUUUGUCUCUCUCGGCACUAGGAAAUGUCAUAUCUGCCCUUGUGGAUGGCAGAAGCACACACAUUCCCUACCGAGAUUCCAAGCUUACAAGGUUGCUGCAGGACUCAUUGGGUGGCAAUGCUAAGACCGUUAUGGUGGCCAAUAUUGGACCUGCCUCCUAUAACGUGGAGGAGUCCCUGACAACUCUACGCUAUGCCAACCGUGCCAAAAAUAUCAAGAACAAGCCUAGAGUGAAUGAAGACCCCAAGGACGCAUUACUACGGGAGUUCCAGGAGGAGAUCGCAAGGCUGAAAGCGCAGUUGGAGAAGAGGGUGGUGGGGAAAAGGCGAAGGAGAGGUCGGAGAAGGCCUGGGGUAGAUGAAGCAGAAGAUGAUGAGGAAGACGGGGACUCUUAUGAAGAAGAAGAAGAAGAAGGUGAUGACAAAGACUACUGGCGGGAACAGCAGGAGAAACUCGAGACUGAGAAGAAGGCCAUUGUGGAAGAUCACAGUUUGGUGGCAGAGGAGAAACAGAAGCUUUUGAAGGAGAAAGAGAGAAAAAUGGACGAUUUACGAAGAGAAAAAGAGGCAAUGGAAAUGCUGACGUCUAAAGUCAAGGCCAUGGAAAGUAAGCUUCUUGUUGGGGGUAAAAACAUUGUUGACCAUACCAACGAGCAGCAGAAAAUCCUCGAGCUGAAGAGGAAAGAAAUUGCUGAACAGAAACGGCGAGAGCGCGAAAUGCAGCAACAGAUGGAGAGCCGUGAUGAGGAGACUUUGGAGCUGAAGGAGACGUACAGUUCUUUACAGCAGGAGGUCGAUAUAAAGACCAAGAAACUGAAAAAGCUGUUUUCCAAGCUGCAAGCGGUUAAGGCGGAGAUCCACGACCUGCAGGAAGAACACAUAAAAGAGCGCCAAGAGCUGGAGCAGACGCAGAACGAGCUGACUCGAGAGCUGAAGUUAAAGCACCUCAUCAUUGAGAACUUCAUUCCUAUGGAAGAGAAAAAUAAGAUGAUGAACCGCUGCUAUAUGGAGGAGGAGGAGGAUCAGUGGAAGCUUCAUCCAAUCAGCAGACUGGAAAAUCAGCAGAUGAUGAGACGGUCCGUGUCCGCCAUUGGCUACAAGAGACCACUGAGUCGUCACGCAAGAAUGGCGAUGAUGGUCAGGCCCGAUCCUCGAUACAGGGCCGAGAACAUUGUUCUGCUGGAGCUGGAUAUGCCAAGCCGUACGACUCGGGAAUACGAAGGUCCGGCAGUGGCUCCCAAGGUCCAGGCUGCACUGGAAGCCGCCCUUCAGGACGAAGAUGACAUCCAAGUUGAUGCCUCGACAUUUGAAAGCAUGGCCAGUAAAAAGUCCAAAGCCAGGCCCAAGACUGGACGGCGGACCGGCCCUUCCCCCAGCCCCUCCGGAUCCUCGCACUUCCCCCAGACAAGGGGCCUGGUUCCAAAGUAAACGGAAGCCCAGGACCAGGUCCGUGGACCCCCUGAUGAAGUAUUAGGACGGCCAUACGUAACAUGAAGAAGACCUGACUCGGCACCGAAGGAGGAGACCAACCCAACUCUAGAAAUACAUUUCUCAAUGCUGGAAUCACUUGCGCUUUCUCAGGCCGACAGUAGAGUUUUUUUUUUUUGGAGGGUCAGAGUACCAAACGUAAGUGGCAGUAAUACGUCUAGUACCUAACGCUAGUAGAUGUGGUAGCACCUUCUCAAGGCACAAGAUCGGGCGUUCUCCGGCCUAAAACGGCGAGGAUAGUGUGCGGGACGUCCGCUUAAAGUGCGCACAAUGGAGUCGGCCAUGUUGUGUUCCAUUCGGUAACCUCAGCUAUAAAGAAUGCCGAGUCCUACGCCUCUGAUGUCACUACGUCUUAGCCUGCUGAUAGGCCGUACGUCAGCUCCGCCCAUAACGUGGCCACCUCCAUCUUGUGUAGUACGGCCUGUACACUUUAAAACUUUAUCGACAAAACGGAAGAAGAGUUUACCGCUAGAUACAACUCGGGAGUGUCGCGUGUACACGCCUGAUGUGUUUACAUACAAACUCCACUCUCUGCACUGAUCUCUGUACCCUAACCUGUGUUUAUCGGUAUUUAUAUCAUUUUUUAUGA